GGCAACAGCGCCAACAUCCCACAAUGCAAUACAUUCCACAGGGGUAAAUUGCGCCUGCGUCCUGUGCGCUUCCUUUUUGGACCUACGUCUCCAGAACUACAAUGGCCAAGCGCACCAAGAAGGUGGGGAUUGUGGGUAAAUACGGCACGCGUUACGGGGCGUCGCUCAGGAAGAUGGUGAAGAAGAUUGAGAUCAGCCAGCACGCCAAGUACACCUGCUCCUUCUGUGGCAAGACUAAGAUGAAGAGGAGGGCUGUUGGCAUCUGGCACUGUGGGUCCUGCAUGAAGACUGUUGCUGGAGGCGCCUGGACAUACAACACGACGUCUGCAGUCACAGUGAAGUCGGCCAUCAGGAGACUGAAGGAGCUGAAAGAGCAGUAGACUGUUACUGGAGGAGCAGACUGUCACUGUUGUGUAACAGUUUGACCUGGACGCCGUGUCGAACAUCUACCACAAUAAAAAUCAUUCUGGAGCGGAAACACCGGAGUCUAUUUGUACUGCUUGUGUUGCCUGCCACCUUAGCCGUCUGAAUGUUACCUCCUACAGAAAUAUUGUCUGAGCUCCAGACUUCUGGGUUGUUCCAUUUGGUUUUCUGUAUGAUUUAACAAGCUCUUAAAAGCAAUGAAAAGCUGAUCCAAACCGUGGAAGCAUUACAGAAAAGGACAUGGUAAAACACUUAAUUGUGAAG